AUGGCUUCCACAGCAUCUGCGCCGUCUCAGGCCGCAUCUUCGAAGAGACAGCAAGACCUCCAGGUUCAAUACUCCAACUUCAAGAACACCCUCCAGCAAAUUGCGCAAAAGAUUGGCGAUGUCGAACAAGAAGCCGAGGAGCACAAGCUCGUUCUCGAAACCCUCGACCCUUUGCCGGAGGACCGCAAGUGCUUCCGCAUGAUCAACGGCGUCCUUGUAGAGCGAACGGUCAAGGACGUCAUCCCGGCACUAAAAAACGAAUACAGAGGGCCUGAAUAA